AUGCAAAACAGCCCUUCUCGCCUUCCUCCUGGAUACAAAUUCCUCCCCACUGAUGAAGAAUUGAUCGGCUUUUAUCUAGACAGGAAAGUCAAUGGAGGUUUGCCUGCCGAAUUUGCUAGCUUGUUCAAGGACUACAAUAUUUAUGGCGAAGAAGAACCCUGGGAGAUCUUCAACAGGUUUGAAGGUCACAAGUCAGGUGAUAAUGGUCUCUACUUUUUUACAACACUAAGUAAGAAAACGGUCAAUUGUACUAAAAACAAGAACAGAAAGGUUGGUAAGAAUGGCGGCACAUGGCAUGGUGACGGCGGAGAAGAAGUGAGUACUAGGGAAGGAGCUGUUAUAGGAAAGAAAAACAGAUUCCGUUACAAGAACAAGCGACAACCGAACCAUGAUGGUUGGAUAAUGCUGCAGUAUAGUUCAGAAUUGAUUUCUGAAAAUAUUGUGAUCUCUCAACUCAAGACAAAGGAAUCGAAGAAAAGGAAGUCGAUGGACCUUUCAGAAAUUGUUGGAGUUGCUGAAGAUGAGGAUAUAAUCCAGAUUAGCCAAAGAUUUAAAAAUCUUCCAGUAAUCAACUCAGAACCUACAAGGUCACAAGAUCAACAACCCCACCAGAUUAUCCAGAAUCAGGAGACGUGGCUUGAGGCAGCAACGGCUGAUCCAGUUCAGAACAUGGAGCCUGAGUUAUCGGCAAUCGUCAACCGGGGAGCUAAACUGUCACGAGAUCAAGAACUGCAGCAGAUUGCUGAAAAUGUGGAUACGUGGCUUCAGGCGGGUGUUGAUUCAUGGGAGGAUGAUGCGGGUUGCGCCACUGAAGAUUCUUUCACCAACAUUGAUCCUGCAGCACAAGUGGAGCCUGGCCAAGUAAACUUCACUGAAGAACCAACUGUUACUGAAAAUCUGGAGACAGAGAUUGAGGCAGGAAUUGUUCGAAAAGAGGAUGGUGUUGUUGAAGAUGAAGAUAUUUUUCAUGAUUUGACGGAUAUUGUCAGCAAUGAACUUGCCUUUCAAGUGGGGCCUGAUCAGCAAUUAGACUUCAUUCAAGAAUCAACUAUUAGCGAAAAUCAACAGAUGGCGCUUGCAAGUUUCAAUAAUGAUCACGCGAAGGAAACUAUUUCAGAUAAGCUGGACGAUAUUGAGAUGGCGGAUUACUUAGAAGCUAUCUUCAAUGGUUAUCAUAUAUAUCAGCCAGAUCAUUCAGGAUCUCGACCAGUUUAUGCCGAGUCUCGACGACAAUCCAGCUGA